AUGGAUUCAGUUGGAAUAACUAGUUCUAAAACUGAACCUGCCAUUCCAGAUUCAGUUGGAAUAUCAGUUGGAAUAACCAGUUCUAAAACUGAACAUGCCAUUCCAGAUUCGGUUAGAAUAUCAGUUGGAAUAACUAAUUCUAAACCUGUAACCUGCCAUUCCAGAUUCAAUUCGGUUGGAAUAAUCAGUUCUAAAGCUGAAUCUGCCAUUCCCGAUUCAGUUGGAAUAUCAGUUGGAAUAACCAGUUCUAAAACUAAACCUGCCAUUCCAGAUUCAGUUGGAAUAUCAGUUGGAAUAACCAAUUCGGUUGGAAUAACUAGUUCUAAAACUGAACCUGCCAUUCCAGAUUCAGGUGGAAUAUCAGUUGGAAUAACUAGUUCUAAACCUAAACCUGCCAUUCCAAAUUCGGUUGGAAUAUCAGUUGGAAUAACUAGUUCUAAACCUGAACCUGACAUUCCCGACUCAGUUAGAAUAUCAGUUGUAAUAACCACUUCUAAAACUGAACCUGCCAUUCCAGAAUCAGUUGGAAUAACUAGUUCUAAAACUGAACGUGUCAUUCCAGAUUCAGUUGAAAUAUCAGUUGUAAUAACCAGUCCUAAACCUGAACCUACCAUUCCAGAUUCAGUUGGAAUAUCAGUUGGAAUAACUAGUUCAAAAACUGAUCCUGCCAUUCCAGAUUUAGUUGGAAUAUCAGUUGGAAUAACCAGUUCUAAACCUGAACCUGCCUUUCCAGACUCAGUUGGAAUAUCAGUUGGAAUAACCAGUUCUAAACCUGAACCUGCCUUUCCAGAUUCAGUUGGAAUAUCAGUUGGAAUAACCAGUUCUAAAACUGAACCUGCCAUUCUAGAUUCAGUUGGAAUAUCAGUUGGAAUAACCAGUUCUAAACCUGAACCUGCCAUUCCAGAUUCAGUUGAAUAA